AUGGCGGCCCGACUGCAGAUACCGCAUAUCCAACCUGUUUUUGGCUGGUUGCUCGGGGUGCGACCAGUCCCAAAUCCUGGACAGCCUCAGAAAGAUUCCCAUCAGUUCACUCUGGAUCCAAACACUGCACAUAAACACCUCAAUUUUUCUGAUUGGAAGGAACAGGUGACUUUCAAUAACAGCCGUAUCCAGCCGUGUCCUGAUCAUCCAGACAGAUUUGAUGUUUAUCCUCAGGUGUUGUGUAGAGAGAGUGUGAGUGGAUGCUGUUACUGGGAGUUUGAGUGGAGUGGGAAUAGGAGUGGUGGUGUGAAUAUAUCAGUGUCAUAUAAGAGCAUCAGCAGGAAGGGAUCUGGUUAUGAGUGUUUCUUUGGAUAUAAUGAUCAGUCCUGGAGUUUAUCCUGCUCUCCCUCUAGUUUCUCAUUCUGGCACAAUAACAAAAGGACUGAACUCCCUGUUCCCUCCAGCUGCUGGAGAAUAGGAGUGUAUGUGGAUCACAGUGCAGGAACUCUGUCCUUCUACAGCGUCUCUGACACAAUGAACCUCAUCCACACAGUCCAGACCACAUUCACUCAGCCGCUCUAUCCUGGGUUUUAUGUUUGGGGAACAGUGAAUCUCUGUAAUUUAGCAAUUAUAGAUGAUUCUGAAAAGUAAUACCAAUAAUGUUGUUGAAUCAAAUCUUUGAGCUGCAUGAUAAAUCAGUAACCAUGAGAUGUUAUAGUAUCUAAAGGAAAACACAUUAUUUGAAAGAGAGUGGCAGCUUGUUGUUAUAUAUUGUUUUUUCCAUAAACAAAAACGGAUCAGUCUUUAAUCCUUGAUAGAUAUCUGCAGUGAAGAUAAUAUUCACGGCAAUAUUUACAUCAAUAUAAUACAUUGACAUGAGAAAACUCUUCAACUCUAUUUAAAGUGUAAAGUAAGUGUGUUCAGAUACUAAACACACAUUCACACACUCAUACCUGUAUAUGUGGUUUACGGGGACUCUCCAUAGGCGU